AGGCGUUUUCAUCCCAGAGAUUGGGCUCAGCGGCUGUCAGGGGCCGGCCGGGCCGAGAACGUCUCCCGGACUCAGCGGAAGGAAAGUGCGGGCCGCCCAGGGGCUGGGGAUCUGGAGACACCGCCUCGGCCGCGGCGCGCCCGGAGUCCGCAGCCCACAGGCAACUCACCCGCUCCUCAGGCCGGACGUACCUCCCGCCGGUGCCGGAACGCCACGCCGGCCGGAACCUUUCCGCCGAGAGGCCGGGCACUUUGGGGCGGAGCACGUGGGGACCGGAAGUCGACAGAGGAAGAUUGGACUGAGGGAACCUGGUGCUUUACCUGGAGGAUGAGCGUCCAUUGUCUCCUCGUGGCGGGAGGUAGCGUUCCUGGAAUAUUAGGAAGGUGGCGAUGUUUUCCAGUUCCGGUAGGGUCGUCCUUGGUCCAGGGUCUCCACAAUUCCUGCUGUCGGAAAAAAUCCACCGCACCUAAGAAGGUCAUUCCCAGUGUUGCUCUUUGUGAUGAAAAUACAAAGAAAUCUGGAAAUGCACUUGACAAGCUCUUCUCUUCAGAGCAGCAGGCUUCCAUCCUGCAGGUGUUGAAUACAGCAUCUAAUAAAGAACUUGAAGCUUUCAGAUUGCUUCGUGGAAGAAAAUCCAUCAAUAUUAUAGAGCACAGAGAGAAGUUUGGGCCAUUUCAGAAUUUGGAGAGUUUAAUGAAUGUGCCCUUGUUUCAGUACAAAACUGCCAUUCAAGUUUGUAACUCCAUUCUUUGUCCAGAGACUGAAGGGGAAAAAAGAAAGUUCCAAGACAACCGGCUCUUGAGAAAGCUCAUCAAACCAGAGAUAAAAAGAGAGAGACUUAAGGCAGUUAAUAGUAUCGUAUCCAUUGUUUUUGGAACUAGAAGAAUUGCCUGGGCUCACCUGGAUCGUAAAUUGGCCGUGCUAGACUGGCAGCAAAGUGAGUGUUGCCAGUUGAUGAAAGGAACAUACUUAUCAUCUGUCUAUUUACAAGAGAUUUCUUCAGUCAUUUCUAAGAUGCCUAACGCUGACCUCUAUGUUCUGGAAAAAAUAGGGCUUUCAAUUCAGAACUCCUCUCGGUUUCCUGUACUGUUACAUUUUCAUAUCAUGGAAGCCAUGCUGUAUGCCUUAUUAAAUAAAACUUUUGUCCAGGACGGCCAGCACCGGGUACUGAGCAUGAAUCGAAAUGGAGUGGGGAAGCACUUUGAGCUGAUGAUUGGUGACACGCGGACUAGUGGAAAAGAACUAGUGAAGCAGUUCCUUUCAGAGUCCGUACUGAAGGAGGAGCCUCGGGUAGUCUUCCCAUCAGAGAAGAUCGUCCGCUACAGACAGAUGUUUUCGUCUACUGAACAACAGAGAGCGGAAGAGUUAUAUGAUUCAUUGUUACAAGCCAUUGCCUUCUAUGAAUUAGCAGUUUUUGAUACUGAACCUUAAAAUUCUGAGGUUACUGUAAUGGGCUCUACUGUUAUAUCUAUUAAAUUGUAUUUAUUGGGGCGCCUGGGUGGCUCAGUGGGUUGAGCAUCUUGACUUCAGCUCAGGUCAUGAUCUCGCGGUCCGUGAGUUCGAGCCCCGCAUCGGGCUCUGUGCUGGCCGCUCAGAGC